CCGUGGCCGCUGGGAUAGCCGUUGCUUUUGAUUCCCCCAUUGGUGGAGUGUUGUUUGUGUUUGAAAGCAUGAAUUCAUAUUUCAUGCCAAUGAAGAUCUUGUGGAAUUCGUUUGUAAGUGCUACCAUUGCGGUGGUUAUACUUACUGGGUUCAAACUCAUUACUGACGGGAAGAACUUUGCCGAACAGGAUUUGUUUCAGGUCAACUUUGGGAACUUUAGUUGGUUGUUUAUGGAACUCGGGCCCUUUCUUAUCUUGGGUAUUCUUGGUGGAUUGUACGGGUACUCAUUCACCAAGUUGAAUAGGUAUUUUGCGAAUUUCAGACAUGUGGUGAGAAGAAGAGUGUGCAGUAUGUUACGAGUAUCCUUGGAAUAUGGCACCUACGUUGAAAUCCUGAUUAUUGUUGUCAUUACCGGUUUAUUAAACUUCCCCAUCCCAUUAGCCAGACUUUCCCUCAACACCUAUUUGAAACUCAUAUUCCAAGAUUGCACCGAUUCAGCAGAUGAACAAUUCAUAUGUAACACGUCUACUUCAGGAAGUAUUAUAAAACUCGGGUACAUUGCCCUCCAGGGAUUCUUCCUCCUGGCCUAUUCCUACGGACUUGAUUUGCCAGGAGGUAUUCUCAUGCCCACUUUGGUCAUUGGUGCCACCACAGGACGAGCCCUUGGGAUAAUUGCCCAAGUUAUCCAAUCCCACUUCUCGUGGGACUCAUUGGCUACAUGCACGGCUAAAUCUUGUUUAGUCUCUCCUUCUUCAUACGCCGUCAUUGGUGCGGCUAGUUUCAUGACGGGGAUCACUAAAUUGACCAUGUGUGUUGUUGUGAUUAUGUUUGAAAUGACGGGUGCGGUAACGUAUGUGUUGCCUAUCAUGUUUGGGGUCAUGACAUCAAAAUUCACCAAUGAUUGGUUGUGUACCAAGAAUAUUUACGAUACGGAAUUAUUACUGUUUAAUAGAAAUGAAAAUGGCGGUGUCAAUUCCGGCAAGGGGACAGGAUUGGUUACAUUUUCGACGUUGACCACUACUGAAAAGGCAAAACUACCCGAUGUCACUGUGCAGCAUGUCAUGAUUCCUUUACAUCGCAUGAAAUGCUUAUGCAUCCACCCAGAGGUUCCGUACACUGUCGCCAGCAUUUACAACUUCACCAAGGAUACGCAUGAGAUGUACCCCGUGAUCACAAGUUACGAGGACCCAACGUAUUUUGGUUACGUCAGCAAGCAAGAACUCCUCGACUCACUCAAUAACCUUCCAUCUACACCCAUCCAAAUCGUGGUCCCUCAGGUUGAAAACUACGAUAUGAGCACACCAAAACUAGAAUUGUUCCCACAGAAACAAAUAAUAGUUGCAAACCCCAAGACUCAACUCAAUUUAAUUAUUCAUGAAUUUGAAAAGUUGUAUAUUAACUACAUGUGUAUUUUACAAGAUGGAAAAUUGGCCGGAUUUAUAGACAGGUUCAUCUUGACGAAGUUGAUUGAGCUGGAUACCGUGGUGGAACCGGAGUGUUUUAGCGAUGUAGACGAUGAUAUCGAGUUGCUGGACUUGCGGUUGAAUCGUAAGAGUAUUGAAUUGAUUACCUAGGAUGAUUUAUAGAUUGUAAUAAAUGUACUAUUCCGCUAUUG